GCCCGCCAUAGUGGCGCUGCGCGCAGGCGCCGGCAGCCCGGAAGCGGCCGCAGUCGCCAUGGCAGCCGCCUGCGGGAGGCUGGUGCCGCGCAGUGCCGCGGCGGGCCUGCCUGCCAGGUGUUUUUCUUUCUCGGGGUAUCGAAGUAACAGCGAUGGAAAGCCAGCAAAAUUUCAGCCGCCUCCAAAGCCCGUCAUUAUUGACAAGCAGAAGCAGAGAGUGGAGAGGAGGUUCCUGAGCCCUGAAUUUAUACCUCCCAGAGGGAGAACGGAUCCUCUUAAAUACUAUAUAGAAAGAAAGGAUAUGAUACAGAGAAGAAAAGCCUUCAGCAUCCCAGAGUUCUAUGUUGGCAGCAUACUUGCUGUUACUACUGCAGAUCCAUAUGCCAGUGGCAAAGUCAACCGGUUUGUGGGCAUCUGCAUUCAGAGAGGAGGAAAAGGACUUGGCGCUACCUUUGUCCUUCGAAAUGUUAUAGAAGACCAAGGUGUUGAAAUACGUUAUGAACUAUACAGUCCUCGAAUCCAAGCGAUCGAGGUUCUCAAGCUGGAAAAGAGACUGGAUGACAACCUGCUGUACCUGCGAGAUGCCCUCCCUGAAUACAGUACUUUCGACAUGAAUAUGAAACCUGUGUCUCAUUUAGAGCAUGAAGAAAUUCCUGUAAACAAGCUGCAGGUACGAAUGAAACCUAAACCAUGGUCAAAACGGUGGGAAAGACCAAAAUACAAUGUAAAAGGAAUAAAGUUUGAGCUACCUGAAAAAAAAAUGCAAGAAGCACAGAAGUGGAGCCAGCCAUGGCUAGAGUUUGAUAUGCUGCGAGAAUAUGAUACUUCAAAAAUAGAGGAAAAAAUUUGGAGAGAAAAAGAUCUACAGAGCUAAAGUGUGAGACAACAUCUGUUACAUUUGCAUAAUGCCAUGAGACUGGGUGCUUCAGGGGAGACCUUUAACUGGGAUGACACAAAGAACAGGAGAAAAGCACUGAGAUCACAAGCUUGGGGUGAUUGCUGAUCAUUUUUGCUGGCAUUCUAAGAGGAAAAGCAACAGGAGUUUGCCGUUACUAGAAACAUCAACUUAUAACUCCUAAAGAUAAUGAAGACUAAUGGUGGCUGAGGUUUUUUGAUAGUUCUAACAACAUUCUUGUCACAUGUUAAAGAAUUGAACUGUAGGAGUCAUUAACACAGCAAGAUAUUUUUACUUUAUUUCUCAAAUAAAACAAUUAAAGAGUCAUCUUCUGUCUGUAACACUGAGCAAAACUAUUUACAUUUAAAAUAUUU